AUGCCACAGUCCAAAGAGAUCUUCUUGGCUGAUUCGAAAUCUGGAACAAAGGGUUCCAAGCAAACAGACUUCCAGCUAGUGCGGGUCAAAAAUACUUGGUGCCGAAUCAAGAAAGAUGAAACCAUUCAUGAUGCUGAGAAUGAGAUCGUGGUCUCCCAGGCUAAAAUGUAAGUAGAUGAGGUUACUACUACUAAUAAUUUUAUUAUUUAUACCCUGCCCAUCUGGCUGGGUUUCCCCAGGUACUCUGGGCAGCAUCCAGUAAAAUAUAAAAACAUAAUAAAACGUCAAAUAUGUUAUUUGUACAAUACUCUGUGAUGUGAAGCAACAGAGACUCUAUUCCUCUUAUUUGGGUUAAGUAAUCAUGCAUGGUCUCUGGAAUGGGAAAGCAUGGAGGUAUUAGAUGUCGAUGCCUAGAUUAUCUGUUCUCAUAUAUUGUCCUGACGAGUGUCAUUGCUAAGCUUUCAAUUUCAAUAUCAAUAUUGACAUGCAGUCCAAUCCUAGGCAUGUUUACUCAGAAGGAAGUCUCCCUGGGUUCAAUGGGGCUUAUUUCAAUGUAAGUAUUUUACUGGGUUUUCUUCUUGUUGAUAUUUACAUAUAUAUAUAUAUUGUAUUUGCAAAUUUAACAAGGAAAAGGAUAAAAGAUAAAAUAUAAUUAAAGAAGAGACAGAAAUGGAAAGAAACAAAAUAAUAAUAUACAAACAAUGCUGAUAAUAUGGGUAGACCAUCACCAGCUCACACCGCGGAUACAUUGGCCGUCAGAACACAAAUAUUAAAAUUAAACAUACAUUAUAAGCCCUCCACGUGUCCGAGUAGGUAUCCACGCAAUAUUGAUGCCUAUAUGUAAUAUGCUUUAAUGUAGCCAGGGUGGUAAGGUCCUCAAACAACUGUGUAAUAAGCGGUUGUUAUUUAUCCUUCAAGGCUUAGAGUGCACAGGUCUCUUAGCCAUCUGAGUAUGGCUGAAGUUGGAGACAACCCUUUGAACUCAACAGGGUUGAAGCAGCCUAUGGUCAGAUCUGCAGCCUAGUCAGAAUAAGAAACCAGUUUCGGUUGAGCAUAAGUACCGAGGCACAAAAAAAGGAGACUGCAGUGGCAUGACUUAAUGAUGUUGCCUCUCUCAUUGUUGUGCUAAAGCUUUCUCUAAUGCUUGGAAAGUCUUUUGAGCUAAAAUGGAAUUUGAUUGGGGUUGGGAAUUGAACAGAGAAGGGAUUUUCGAUGGCAGACAUUUCCAAAUUCACAGACACGGGUAAUGAACUCCAGAGAUGGGGGAAAACAAAUACAGUGAUACUAAAAACCAUCAGCUUGAUCAAAAAGCAUAAUGCAUUUGUCAUAAACUUCAAGUGAAGUUUGCAUCCUGCAGCAACAUUAAAGGGGGGAAAGUCACAGAUGGGUGAAUGUCUGACAAGUUUCCCCCUAAGGACAAACGUUACUUUCUGUACAGGAAAGUCAUCUCUCCAGUUAAUUAACCUUUGAGUGUAGGACAAUCUCCUUCUUCUUGCAAUAGAACACAUUUGUGACCAUUAAAUAUUAACCAUGUUGUAUUACUUCACAUAUUGCAGAUUUCCACAAUAUUUGCAGUUGUGUAAAGAUCAUAAUCAUCUUUGUAGAAUCAAGAUGAAUUUUGAUGUAGACCAUCAACGGUUACAGAUUUUUAGGCUGCAUUUUACAAAGGUAGAAACACACUUCGGUUCCUGUUCAUUCUGAGUCACUGUGGAGCUGGCAGGUUCUAGCAGUGCAAUGACUCUGACAACCUUGCCAGCAACAGUGUGAGUGAACUACAGAGAUUCUUUGACUGUUGCACAGAAUUUAUGACAGAAAUAAUGUGUUUGAUUCCCCUCCUCCCCCACCAACUUGCAAUUUUAUCCUUACAACAGCCUUGCGAGGUAAGGUAGUCUGAGAGGUGGUGACUGGCUCACAGCCACUCAGUGAAUUUCACUGCUGGGUUCUUAAGCGUGUCUCUCCACUUCCAAGUCUGACACACUAACCACUACACUACACCUAAUCAGGCCCACCAGGCCUCCCCAGUUGGUCUUGUGACAGGGUUUAGCCCAAACCAUGCUCACCUGUCCAUCAUCUGACAACACACAGCAUCAGGAGCAAAGCAGAAAAAAACCUGAGAUGCUAAAUUCAAAAGAAAACAAAUCAUUCCUUCCAGCUGCUGCUUGACUUCAGCCUUUUUAAAAGUUGGCACCUUCUUUUGUUGCCCUGCAUAGCGACAGAAAAAGACAUCAAGUUCAGAAAGUGCUGCAUUCAAACUGAAAAGUAAAAAAAAUUAAGAUCACACCGAGGCCCCAUCAGCGGCACACAUUUAAGGCAGACCACUUUAAACAAACAUGGCUUCCCCCAAAGAAUGCAGGGGGAACUCUUGCUUGCUAAGGGUGCUGAGAAUUAUUAGGUAGCCCUCAUUCCCCUCACAGAUUUAGGAUUCCCCAGAGUUCCCUGGGAAGAGGAAUUGAUUGUUAAACCACUCUGAGAAUUGUAGCUCUGUGAGGGGAAUGGGGGUGGUGGUCUUCUUACAACUUGUGGCUGUGGUAAAUCAGGUAUUUCUUUUCAUGGUAGCUAGAGGUUACCAUUUUGUUCUCCUCAGCGUACCCCUGUGAAUGAUGUUACUUCCUCAGUAUGUGAUUUUGUACACCCAACAGAAAGAAAAAGAGAGAACCCAAGGCUUUAGAAAAGCCACAGAAAGAAUUAGCAGAGGAGAGAGCAAAAUGCAGAAGACUGAGGAGAGAAGAGAAAUCUAAGAGAGCUUAUUGGGCUAAAUGGCAACCCCUCAUUUGUUCACAUUUGUUCACCCCUCUGUCCUUUAGAAGGACACCACAUCUAGAUGUUUCAUAAUGCUAGGUGCAUUCCAAGGGAGAGAAAAUGGCAGCCAGAGGAGGGACCUCUCUACCAGGAAGAGCUCCAAGGUGGCAGUGAGAGGGCAGUGAGAAUAGCUUUUCAAAAAGAUUAAAAGGAAAUGAUGGUGCUAUCACUGAAGAUAAGAGUGGGUCUGAUUUUCAGCAGGGUCUCCAUCAAAUGGACUCUGCCUUUCACAUGCAAAUGUGAGAGUGAAAACUGUGGAGGGCAUUUUGGCUCAGCUGUAGACAAAAGUAAUACAUAUCCCAUACUACUCACCCCUCCUCCCCAUAAUUCCCAACAGAUCUGAAACUGUCUCGGAUGGAGAGGUAUCCUGGACAGUGGAAACACCUAUCUACCUUUGCUAUAAGGUGGUGGAAACACGCGGUCUCCUGGAUCCCUCCAACAAGACAUUGCUGUACGGGCACAUCAGAGAUCCAAAGGAACUGGAGAGAGCCCUUCACAACAAAGAGGCCCAGAGGCGUUUCAUUGUAAUCGAUAAGACGGUCGAUGACUUGUAUGGCACCGCAGUCAGAGAAUAUUUUGAAGCAAACUUGGUUCAGUGUAAAAUCCUUUCCCUGACCACCACAGAAGAGACCAAAUCCAUGGAUUUGGUGCUUGAUAUCUUGCAGGAAGUGCAAAUCUUUGGCAUCGACAGGCGCGCUGAGCCUAUUAUAGCAAUUGGAGGAGGGGCUUGCCUGGAUAUUGUGGGGCUGGCAGCAUCGCUUUACAGGAGGCGCACUCCUUACAUUCGGGUCCCCACCACCCUCCUGUCCUACGUGGAUGCCAGCGUUGGAGCAAAGAACGGCGUCAAUUUCCUUCAGUGCAAAAACAAGCUUGGGAGCUACGUACCUCCUGUUGCCACUUUCCUUGACAGAGCCUUCCUCAAAACAGUCCCCCGCCAGCACAUCUCCAAUGGACUUGGGGAAAUUUUAAAGGUAUGAUGGUUUUGCUGCAGAGACUCCUUCCUCACUUUCACCAACUGCUUUCACACACUCUCUGCUCCUUGCAAGCUCAUUUCCACGGAUGCUCCCUGUUUAUUCAUUUCUCUCACAGUGAUUUUUGCCAUGUGGCUCUUCAAGAGGAAACUGGAAGGACAGGCUUCUUUCAUUUAUUGUUUCUGCAUCUCUCUGCGACUCCUAAAGUGGUACUUACAACACCUUUUAUCCCUUCCCUUCCCAUGCACAUCCCUCUACACAUGGAAAUGAGUAGUCCUGUGGAGCUGCCUUAUGCUGAUUGGUUGUCUCUUUAGCCCAAUGUUUUCUGAGUGGUAACAGGAGGGGUGCUCACCUGACCUCCCAUCAUGCACAUUGCUGCUGCUUUCCAGGAGGUAUACAAGGAAGGGAGAGGCAGCAAUGAGGUUAGUGUGGUGCAAACACACCAGCAGAAACACCAGGUUGACUCCCCCAGUGUGUUUGCACUGCAACAACUUCCCCACAGUCUUUUCACUCCCCCUCUACCUCCCAGUAAGCAGCACUGAUGCAGGUGAUAGGAAGACAGGUGAGUGUCUCCACCCCAUCAACUACUUGGCAAUAGCAAUCCAAGGCUUCAGGUUUGGGUCUUUCCCAGCUUUCUUACCUGGGCUUCUUUGCCUGGGCAUGCCAGGGAUUAAAUUUAGAACCUUAAGCAUGCCAACUAUGCACUAUACCACUUAGCUAUGGCACAAGUCUUCCUGAUCUUGUCCUGCCCAAUUCUUGCAUAUCCAGAGUCACUCUCAAUGCUGCUACCUUGCUAUUAUAUCCUAUUCCCUGUAUUGGAAACAUCUUCUCCCUUCUUGCAUUCACUGCUUAUCUUUUACAUAUUCAGAGUCUCCCCACAAAACCCACUCCAUUCACUUUCCUGGAUCACUGCAUGUCAACUGUUACACAGAGAGCACCAUCUCCCCUCCUUCCUCUAUCUGUACCUUUGUUGUUUCUUAAUCAAACUCUGUCCAAUGUCUUAGCAUUUGUCUCAUAUAUCCUAUUCACAAUAGCUUUCACUGCAUGCACUCCUUAUGAAACACCUGUCUCCUCUUGUGGCUCAUGUACCACAUCUAUUAUGUGGUCUUUUGGGGUGAAACAUCUACAGGACAAAGCUGUUGCUUCCUUUUCUCCUGUGACUGACUUUCACUCCCAAAAUAUCAACUUCAUGUGCAUGCUAAAGCCGCUCAAAUUGCCUAUGAUCAUCUCUGAGAUCUACCCAGUCUCUUGUUUUAUGUGUACAGUGUGAGGUCUAUGCUUUCAAAGCAAGCCUCUUCCUGGCAUUAUUGUACAACCCUCAUUCAGUCCACUGCAACCCUUCUUUCUUUCUUUCUGUCCAAGAUGGCACUAAUGAAACACAAGGGCCUGUUUGACUUGCUGAAAAGUCAUGGGAAAUUCUUACUGGAUACCAAGUUCCAGUCACACAGCGGCUUAGUUGACCAUGGUGACGCUGCACUGAAGACGACCAGAAUUGCCAUAGAAACCAUGCUGGAAGAGCUUGCCCCAAAUCUGUGGGAAGAUGAUCUGAACAGGCUGGUGGAUUUUGGCCACCUUAUAAGCCCAGAACUGGAAAUGGUGAGGAGGAGAUAGCAUAUUUAUUGUUGAACAACAUUUCUAUCCCGUCUUUCCACCCAAUGGGCUUUCAAUAAUAAUAUCUUAAUCGCAUGCUUCCACGUUUUCAGCUUGUGACAUAUCACUACUUGUACCCAGAAGUGUGUGAUGAUAUUGGGUGGAAUUUAGUGUCACAAACUAUUAUGGUUGUUCUGUAAGCGCAAGGAUUUCUGCUUGCCAGGUGAAAAGAUCCCCCCUUGCCUCCCCGGUGCACUAUUUUGGGGGUUCUCCUGAGAUCCCCCGAUCUAGUUGUGGGGGUGCAAGGGGAGGUGAGGGGGCAAAGCAGAAGUCCUAGCUCUGGCUCCUGCUAGUGCAACUAUUUAGCUGAACCCAUCUCGCUCUAUAGGCCAAGGGAGCCGGCGUUUGUCUGCAGACAGCUUCCAGGUCAUGUGGCCAGCAUGACUAAGCCACUUUUGGCAAACCAGAGCAGCGCACGGAAAUGCCGUUUACCUUCCCACUGGAGUGGUAUCUAUUUAUCUACUUGCGCUUGACGUGCUUUCGAACUGCUAGGUGGGCAGGAGCUGGGACUGAACAAUGGGAGCUCACCCCAUUGCGAGGAUUUGAACCGCCGACCUUCUGAUCGGCAAGCCCUAGGCUCUGUGGUUUAGACCACAGCGCCACCCGCGUAUAUGCUAUGCAAUAUAAUAAAUGCUUGUUCAUCCUUCAUUUCAGAGAGUUUUACCAACGCUGAUGCAUGGAGAAGCUGUGAAUAUUGAUAUGGCUUUCAUGACUUACCUGUCCCACGUGAAGGGAUUUUUGAGUGACAGUGAGAAGGCUCACAUCAUUCAGUGCAUGGUCGCUUUGGAGCUCCCGGUGUGGCACAAGAAAUGCACAUGGCAUCUUAUCAAAAAGGCCUUGACGGAAAGAUUGAAGCACAGUGCUGGACACAUGAGAAUGCCUCUUCCAACUGGACUAGGAACAGCAGGUGCUGGGGUCAUCCGCUUUAAGGGCAAGCUGAGAAUGGUGUUGUGCUUCUUUCUAAAACACAAUAUUGUUUGUAUUUCGUUCUAAAGUCCAGACCAUCCUAAAGGCUCAGGAUGUGGAGCAACAGAGUGAAAAGCAAUAUGUAAAACAAAUAGAUGAUAGAUAGAUAGAUGAUAGAUAGAUAGAUAGAUAGAUGAUAGAGCACAACAGGGUGAGCUCCCGUUGCUCUGUCCCAGUUCCUGCCUACCUAGCAGUUCAAAAGCACACCAGUGCAAGUAGAUAAAUAGGUACCGCUGUGGCAGGAAGGUAACUGGAGUUUCUGUGCACUCUGGUUUCCAUCACGGUGUUCCGUUGUGCCAGAAGCAGUUGAUGCUGGCCACAUGACCCAGAAAGCUGUCAGUGGACAAACAUUGGCUCCCUCGGCCUGAAAGCGAGAUGAGCGCCGCAACCCCAUAGUUGCCUUUGACUGGACUUAACCGUCCAGGGGUCCUUUACCUUUACCUUUUUUUUUUUUUAAAGAAAGAUAGAUAGAGUAGAUGUCUCACUGUUGUCUUCCAUCCAGGAUGUGCCUGGGUCAAUGUGGAGAAUGUGUGGACCCAGUACUACCCACACAUGCCCAAUGAGGGAGGAAAGGGCCCCCCCAGAAGAAGCCCUCUCAAACCUGAAGCCAGCCCUGCUCACAAGGAACUUUUCAAUGCUCUGCACUAUGUGUUCAUUCAUACUUUUAGCAGAUAUAUGAAUAAGCUCUUGCCAGACCUUUCCUCCUGGAACUCUGGUUGUAGUCUUGAAACCACUUACUCCAGAGCAGUUCCAACAGAGUUCUAAUCUUGGUUCUUAUUUUACACUGACGGUAUUUGUGGGAAGAGGGAAAUGGUGGGGUGGGGAGAAACCUCUGCACCUGAAAUCUCAACCAUUGCAACCCCACAAAAGGGAUGUAGGAUAAUACAUUAGCAUGCCCGUCACACAAUUUGCAGUUCCAUGCUUAUAGUUUUAAUUGGGUUUCCCUUUUAAUUACAACCUUUUAGUAAACUAUGACAAAGCAUUUCCUUCAGAUAUUAUACAACCACCAGAAUUAUUAUACAACCUCCAAGAUGUAAUUAAACAGGCAACUUCAAGUAAUUGCAUUAGGGUUGACUAAUUCCCUUUGUAAAGCUUAGCGGGUAUCAAAAGCAUUUAAGCAGCAUGUGUAAUUCCCAUUACAAAACCAGACUUAGGCUCCAACCCUGCUCACACUUACUUGGGAUUAAGGUAACCAAGUCUGGAAAGACUAAGAUUCUGAUAGUGGGCAAUCUGAAAGAGCCAGGAAGAACAGCUGACAGAAAAUGCUUUCUUCAUCUAAGACAGGGACAGGGAUCCCGUGGCUCUCUAGGUCCCAACUCCCAUUAGCCUCAGCCAGAAUGGCCAGUGAUCAGGGAUGAUGAAGUUGUAGACAAGGAGGACCACAGGUUCCCCAUGCCUGUUCAAAGAUGUACAAGCACUGCACAUGGUUGCGAGUCCCUUGUCAUCAAGUGAUAGCACCCAACCCUGAGGCCACCUUAGCUCUACCUAACAGAACCACGUCACGAGCACAAAGCAAGAACUAAGAGCGAUUACAAAGACGUAAAUAGGACAAGUCUAUCUGCAGACUGCCCAUCAAGUCACAUGCAUGGCUCUCUGAUUUUUUGAAAGGAAGUAAGCAUUCAGAAGACAUUUAACCACAGUGGGCAACACUGAGGAGAGUCCAAGGAUCGCCAGUGAAUCCAUGGACAACACAAAAUGCACACAUAGCCAAGCAGCACUCAAGGAAGUGAACAAACUUAGCUGCAGACCAUGGAUUAAAUAAUGAUAUAUAUUGUAUGGUCAAUUAAGCAUUCACAAAACGUUUACUCAGGGCAAAAAUGCACACACUCACACCACAAAUACAGAACUUAAACACAAUGAAACAAUUGCUCAAUUUAUCAGAAACAAAAAGAAACUAGAUAACUGUACAAAUCUUAGUUUGGCACUACAGUAGUUUGGAUUACUGAUUAGAACUUUUGCUUUCCAGAUAUAUUCAACGACAUCAGCGAGGAAACCCUGGAGAGGGCUUACAUUCUCUGGACCAGUGAAUGCAAAAACACCUCUGCAGAAGCAUGAAUACAAUGGAAGCAGAUGAAAACAAUAAAUCACCAAUAGAGCAACAGGCAAAUUGGGAAUUCAGAUAAACAGCCAAUGGGCACUUUUGAAGGACCGUUUGGCAAAAUCCCAAUACCUGUCUACAUGAAGUAUGGCAAACAACAUGAAUCCAAGAUGAAAUACCACCAGCCACUCCUUCUUCCUCCUUCUCCAAGAUGGCUCUUAGGACUAAUCCUUAUACUAUCUCUGUAGUAUGGCUGGUUGUAGUCCCCAUCUGAUCAGGUUAAAUGGGGAGACUUCCUGAGAGAAGCAAUGCCAAUACAGUGGUACCUUGGGUUACAAACGCUUCGGGUUACAAACUCCGCUAACCCGGAAGUAGUACCUUGGGUUGAGAACUUUGCCCCCGGAUGAGAACAGAAAUCGCGCAGCAGCAGCGGGAGGCCCCAUUAGCGAAAGCGUGCCUCAGGUUAAGAACAGUUUUGUGUUAAGAACGGACCUCUGGAACGAAUUAAGUUCGUAACCUGAGGUACCACUGUAGCAUGGAAAGAACCAUGUCAUCUGCUUGCCUCAGGUAGUCUUCCUGGUUCACAUACGACAGAAUUGGCAAAAAAAAUAUUCUACUCACUGGAUACUGUUUGGGCCACUCCCAAACUUUCACGACAAACCAUCAACUGAAGAACUAAUUAGUUAAAUAAUGUUUUUAGAUUAGCAAUGUAGACUCCAUCUUUUCUUUUCGUUUAUAGUUUUUUUCUGUCUUCCAAUUUUUGUUCUACACCUCGCGGUCUAUCUCAGAGUUAUUAUGUGAAUUGCUAUUCAGUUCAAUCCAAUUCACCAUGCAAGUCUUCACAAGCAAAAGUUUGACAUCUAACAGGCGGCUUGUCAACUUGGGAGUCCAGAUUUGCCCUGAGGAAUGCGAUUAAUCUGAUUUUGUAGCAAGGAAGCAUUUCCAUUUCGAGGCAUUUUGUUGUGUUUUCCUGUAACUGGUGAUUUGUGUAGAAGAUGCGUACAGACCCC